AUGUGGAAGAAUUUGAAAAUAGUUCACGGUAAGCCAAGACACUCUCAAGGCCAAGGAUCAGUUGAAAGGGCAAACCAAGAAAUAGAAAAUAUGCUUGCAAUAUGGCUUCAAGAUAACAAAACAAAUAAAUGGAGCAAUGGUUUAAGAUUCGUACAAUUAAUGAAAAAUCGUGCAUACCACCAUGGUACAAAACAUUCACCAUAUGAAGUGAUGUUUGGUACACCCCCUAAAAUUGGCUUAACAUCUUCAUUACUUCCUGCAAACAUAAUAGAAAAAUUAAAAACCGAAGAAGAACUACAAGUUGAUUUAGAUUCAAUAGAGGUCAUUUCUAACGACAACAAAAAUAAUGAAGUGAUUUGUGGUAUAGAAAAAGAUGAUGAAGAUCAAAAUAUAAUUGAAAAACAAACAAAAACAAGACAAACAUCAAUUAACCAAAACAGGAAAGAGUCAUUAAAUAAUCUGAAAAUUCAAGCCAAAAAAAUGACGGAAAUGUCCGAAAAACGAUUUUGUCAAUGA